AUGGUAGCUCGCGGUGGACUUCCAGGAUCCUUCGUUGCACGGGUCGACCUUCUCCUUUCCCCUUUCUUUUCUGGCUUGCAAUCAGAGCAACCAGCCGCGGGCAAAGACUGUCACUCUGUCGACACCCACGUCUCCGGCGGCGACCGAGUCGCGAAGAACGGAACCCUAGCGAUUUUCGUCGGCGGGAAGGAAUCGACAGUGAAGAAUCUGGAACCCUUGUUUUCAGUGAUGGGGAAAGUGAACUACAUGGGAGGGAGUGGGAAGGGGCAAUUCGCGAAAUUGGCGAAUCAGGUGACGAUAGCGUCGACGAUGGUGGGGCUCGUGGAGGGAAUGGUGUACGCGCACAAGGCGGGGUUGGAUGUAGGGUUGUACCUGGAGGCGAUUUCCACCGGCACGACCGGUUCGAAGUCGCUGGACUUGUACGAAAAGAGGAUCUUAAAGAGGGAUUUUGAAGCGGGGUUUUUCGUGAACCACUUUGUUAAAGAUUUGGGGAUUUGUCUGAAGGAAUGUCAGAAUAUGAGGAUUGCUUUGCCUGGUUUGGCUCUUGCUCAACAGCUUGAUUUGUCGCUUAAGGCUCAUGGUGAAGGAUAUUUGGGUACUCAGGCUCUGAUUUUGGUACUCGAGCAACUCAACAAUGUCUCUCUUCCUCCCUCUGAUGCCUUUUGA